AUGGACUGGAAGUUGGGUGGCAUCCGCCUUCCGCCUGGCCCACGCCCGCUUCCGAUCAUUGGGAACAUCCUCGAGCUCGGGGACAAGCCCCACCGGGCAAUCGCCAAGCUCUCUAAGCUAUAUGGCCCUGUUUUGACCAUAAAGCUGGGGGCAAUCACCACCCUAGUCAUCUCCUCUCCAGAGGCUGCUAAGGAAGCCCUCCAGAAGAAUGAUCAGCACUUGUCCAGCCGGCAGGUCCCUGACACCGCCAAGGCGACCGGUCACCAUGAUAAGUCGGUCGUGUGGCUGCCCGCCUUUGACAAGUGGAAGCUGCUCAGGAAGGUGUGCACUGUGCAGAUGCUGACGGCACGCAAGCUCGACGAAACCCAGUUCCUUCGCUGCAAGAAGUUGGAGGAGCUUGCUGGCUUCAUCCGGGAGAGCUGCCAGCAAGGCCAUUGCGUCAACAUCGGGAAGGCCGCCUUCACAACCGUGUUCAACUCAAUCUCAAACACGCUGUUUUCCAUCGACUUGGCACACCACGAUGCACGUUCCUCCCAGGAGUUCAAGGACCUUGUGUGGGGCGUGAUGGAGGAGACCGGGAAGCCCAAUGUGUCGGAUUUCUUCCCAGUGCUCCGGGGGUUCGACCCCGAGGGCGCGUGCCGGAGGAUCUCAGGUUACUUUAGCAGAUUGCUUGCCAAAGUCGACAGCAUGAUCGAGGAAAGGACUAGGGCCAGGGCCUCAGAGGUUGCAUCUUCACCGAGCAACGACGUACUCGAUUCUCUGAUUAAUCUAAAGGAGAGAGGAGAAUUAAGUGGCGAUGAUAUUAAGAGCUUGCUUCUCGACUUGUUCCUUGCAGGAGUCGACUCGAACUCAAGCUUGCUGGAGUGGGCGAUGGCAGAGCAGCUGCACAAUCCAGAGAAGAUUGCGAGAGCCCGCGAAGAGCUCGACCAAGUAGUCGGUGGUGAUGGAGGAACGCUGCAAGAGCCUGACAUCGCAAGGCUCCCCUACUUGCAAGCCAUAGUCAAGGAGACUCUGAGGCUGCACCCGCCCGUCCCACUCCUGAUCCCGCACAAGGCCGAGAGCGACAUUGAGAUAUGCAGGUACCGAUUGCCCCGGCAUGCCCAGGUGCUGGUCAACGGGUGGGCCAUGGGGCGGGACCCGAACGUAUGGCCCGACCAGGACAGCUUCUCGCCGGAGCGGUUCCUAGGGCGCGAGAUCGAUUUCAAGGGCCGGGAUUUCGAGCUUAUCCCGUUUGGGAGCAGGCGGAGGAUGUGCCCCGGGAUACCAUUGACCUAUAGGAUGGUGCACCCGAUUUUGGCCUCUCUCUUGUGCUGAUUCAAUUGGAAGCUCGAACAGGAAGGGGUGGAGCUAUAUGCACAUUUUAUAAAAAGCAUGAGAUGGGUUGAACUUGUAAUGAAUUGCAUUUCUUCGGCUUCUAUGGAGUCCCUCUGGAAUGAGUACAUAUCUGUUAAUGAUUGGAAAGACGACUGA